GCGGACAAGCUGGUGGGCCUGUGUCCUAGGAUGGCUGGGCCCAGCGGUUUUUUGUUUGUUUGUUUGUUUGUUUCUUUUAUUCCUUUUUUAAAACGAAAACCCCCAAAAUGUAAACAUAGGUAGGGCAUUAACUACAUAUUUUAAAUGCCCCCGUAUCUUUGUUACCUAACACUUCCGGACUGGGAGAACUCGCUGGCCAAAGCGGAUGGUUGGAAAGUACGUAGGUUUCUGCGUCUGCGGUCUGAACCCAGACUGGCGUCUUCAGAGUCUACCUCCAAAGCUGGAGGAUUCUGGGUAUGAAUUGGGUAAUCCCCAGAAACUAAGUACGUGGGUCUUUGGAGAAAGGACACAGCUGUUGUUUAAAUAGUUAACCGCGUGGCGAUAAGACAUGUAGUUAGAAGUACUCCAAAGAUCCUGCAAAUUCAGCAGUUAUUUCUUUAGAGAUAACUUUGAUUCCUCAAAAAAAGGAAAGACAAAUUCACAUUUUUUGCAAGAAAUAAUGAGUGUUCUUCCUUCUUAAAGCUUCCCUUCUGUCCUCCACCCACUUACCCCAAGAAAACCGCUCAAACUCCUGUGGAACGAUUAAAAGUCUUCAGACUUUAAGGACCAGCGGUGGUCCUUCAACAGAGUCUUCAAAUGGAUUUUAAAAUUGAACACACUUGGGAUGGUUUUCCAGUGAAGCAUGAGCCAGUGUUUGUCAGGCUGAAUCCAGGUGAUAGAGGAGUGAUGAUGGAAGUUAGCGCUCCAUUUUUCAAUGAUCCUCCAGCCCCACUAGGAGAACCAGGAAAGCCUUUCAAUGAACUGUGGGAUUAUGAAGUUGUGGAAGCAUUUUUCUUGAAUGACAUAACUGAACAGUAUUUAGAAGUUGAACUUUGUCCCCACGGACAGCAUUUGGUGCUUUUACUCUCUGGGAAAAGAAAUGUGUGGAAACAAGAACUGGAUCUAUCAUUCAAAGCGUCCAGAGAAGAGACAAAAUGGGAAGGUAGAGCUUAUCUUCCUUGGAGUUAUUUUCCACCAAAUGUGACAAAAUUCAAUUCAUUUGCAAUUCAUGGAUCCAAAGAUAAAAGAAGCUAUGAAGCUCUUUACCCUGUACUUCCACAUGAGCUGCAGCAAGGACAAAAACCUGAUUUCCAUCAUCUGGAAUACUUCAAGCCUUUCAAUUUUAACACACUGCUUGGAGAAGAGUGGAAACAACCAGAAUCAGACCUGUGGCUAAUAGAGAAACCUGAUGUGUAGGAGUAUAGUAGAUGACCAUAUCAAUCAUUUCUUCUCUAUACCUUUUAAGGUAAACUAAUAAUACGUAUAAUCUCUUUCAAGAUACCAUGAACACAUUUCAACAAUAAAAAGUUCAUAGAGGUCAGUGAAAGUAUAUAGUAUCUCUGUGGAAAAUUGUGUAUGAAUUAACAAGAAAGUAGAAAGUUCAUGUAUGAUUUUAUCUAUAAAGUGAAAAUGUUUCUUGGAGUCACUUAGUCCAGGAGCCAUCAUGCCAAGGGGUUCUACCAUCUGCCUUGCAGCACCAUCACCCCACAUAUCCUGGACGCUGUCAACCAAAAUCAAUAUUUCUCUUCCCACUCCCCUAAACCUCAGCCAGCUUAUGACUGAACAUCUUAUUUGCACAUUUUUGAACUCCAUGGUAAUGUAUAAUAAUUCUUUACUCAGAUUCCUCUGUCCAUUUUUGAAAUGAAUAGAAAACAAUGACAUAUUUCAGUUGAACAGGAGAUGCACAUCUGUUAAGGCAUUAUUAAAAUACAUUUGCUAUUUAAUUAGCUGUAUUUCCUGUCUCAUGACUACCUUUCUUCUGUAGAAGAAAGUGGAAUGAAGUAGUCUUGAAUUCGGGCAACAAAUUCUGCUUUCAUUUACAAGUAAAUGACAUUUUCUUAAUGCUGUUAAACAAGAUGUCAAAAUGUCUUCAUUUUAAUUUA